AACACCUUAUGGCUUCAAAACAAUCCACGACCACACCUUUAUGUCCGUCGGAUAAACAAUAAUCCAACGGGUGCUUAUUCAUUCCAUCAGGCUGCUUCCUCUCUCUCCUGGUUUCCUUUCUGCAAAAUUACUUCAUGUCCCGCUAUUUUUCUUGCAGUGUCAGAUAAAUAUCUGAAUAUUCACACAAUACAAAACUCUUCUUAAUUAACUCUAUCUGAAUUUGUUUUCGAGUGUUAAAGAGGAAAAUGCAAGAGCAAGCGACAAGUUCCAUUGCGGCUAGUUCUUUACCUUCAAGUAGUGAGAGAUCUUCUAGCUCAGCUCUCCAUCUUGAACUCAAAGAAGGCAUGGAGAGUGAUGAUGAGAUCAGAAGAGUGCCGGAGAUGGGUGGAGAAGCCACCGGAACCACCUCAGCUUCUGGCAGAGAUGGAACUUCCGCCGCCGGUCAAGCUCAACCAUCAGCUGGGACUCAAAGGAAGAGAGGAAGAAGCCCAGCUGACAAAGAAAACAAGAGGUUAAAAAGGUUGCUGAGAAAUAGAGUAUCGGCACAGCAAGCAAGGGAGAGGAAGAAAGCAUACUUGAUAGAUCUGGAAGCAAGGGUGAAGGAAUUGGAAACAAAGAAUGCAGAACUUGAAGAGAGGUUGUCCACUUUGCAAAACGAGAACCAAAUGCUUAGACAUAUACUGAAGAACACAACAGCGGGUGCACAGGAAGGGAGGAAGUAAACAUGUGAUGGAUCUUGUCAUUACAAGGCCUGGAUAUGUAAUCAUUCUUGUGUAGAUCCUAGGUGGGCAUCGAAGAGAAAAUCUCUUCUGGAUUUGAGAAUGCAUGCUUGUUCGUGGGUGGACUGUCUUGUUCUGAUUUGAUUCAUACAUGCUACACUUCGAUGUUGUCGAUUAUAUAUUAGCAGAAAGUGAAGUACUGUAGCUAUGUUAGUGAAGGACUAUUGUUAAACUCAAGUCACCAUCAUUUGACAAGUUGCAUGAACUCUCUUGUGUACGACCUUUGCCACCAA